AUGCAGAGAAACAGACGAAUCACAAGUCUGCAAUACAUACAUUUGAGAUACGCACAAUUACGUACGUCUGCGCAAAACUGUCCAUAUGGCCCGCUUUGGUCGUUCGUCUGUCUUUUAUCUUUCGGCAGCUGCCAUUCCAACCACUUUUUGAAUCAUUUGACGAACGGUAAAAUGGUAGCGGUGCAACACCAUCUCGUCAUAAAUGCCAAGCCAGGCGACUAUCCCUAUGCAACAAUUAUCGCUUUGGCUGCAGGCAAAUGCAACAUUGAGCUUUCCAUCAAUCACAGCGACAAAGAAGAACCGGGACUGAAUGUUGAUGGCUUCGUCAUUGCCAACGACAUCAGUAUCGCAAGAUUGGUGGCUCAGAGCAUUGGCUUACCCGACUUUACCGGAACUACAUGUUUCGAAUCAGCCAAGAUUGAUGAAGUAUUGACAUUGUGCGAACGCGUAGUCGAUGGAUUUCUUAUCGACGAAGAAGUUUUAUCUGGAGUACAUUUGGGCAAAAGUGGGACGCUAUUCGAAGGGCGUGUCACUAUAGCAGAUGUGGCAUUGUGGAGCUUGAUAACCAAAAAUCCAGAGUUACAAAAGAAGUAUUCCAAUCUAUUCGAUGCAGUCGUCAAAGAUCGACGCUUCGUAGCUGCUCAUCAAAUGGUCGGAAAGUAUGCUACUGAUAAUGUAAAACAACAAACAAAGGAGAAGCAGAAGGAUGAAGGCAAGUUUGUCGAACUCCCUGGAGCUGAAAAAGGAAAAGUUGUUGUACGUUUUCCACCUGAGGCAAGCGGGUACCUACACAUUGGUCAUGCAAAAGCUGCGUUGUUAAACCAGUACUACCAACAAGCUUUCGAUGGGCAGUUGAUCAUGCGUUUCGAUGAUACCAAUCCUGCCAAGGAAAAUGCACAUUUCGAGCAAGUCAUAAAAGAAGAUCUUGCCAUGCUGAAUGUGAAGCCUGAUCGUUGGACUCAUUCAUCAGAUCACUUUGAGAAAAUGCUGGAAAUGUGUGAAAAGUUGCUGAGAGAGGGAAAGGCUUACGUCGACGACACGGAUACUGAAACCAUGCGCAAAGAGCGUGAGGAGCGUAAAGAAAGCAAAAACAGGAAUGCAUCUCUGGAAACAAAUCUUGCUUUAUGGGAGGAAAUGAAAAAAGGUACAGAAAGAGGAACGCAGUGUUGUGUUCGUAUGAAGAUCGACAUGCAGUCAAAUAACGGAGCAAUGAGGGACCCCACCAUAUACCGUUGUAAACCUGAGGAACACGUCCGUACUGGAUCAAAGUAUAAAGUCUAUCCUACCUAUGAUUUUGCAUGUCCGAUAGUCGAUAGCGUAGAAGGAGUUACGCACGCUCUUAGAACAACCGAAUAUCAUGACAGGGACGAUCAGUAUUACUUCAUCUGUGAUGCCUUGGGACUACGCAAACCUUACAUCUGGUCGUAUGCUCGGUUGAACAUGACAAAUACUGUUAUGAGUAAGAGGAAGUUGACUUGGUUUGUCAAUGAAGGACAUGUGGAGGGAUGGGAUGAUCCGCGUUUCCCGACAGUACGAGGAGUGAUGCGCAGGGGUAUGACUGUGGAAGGACUGCGACAGUUUAUCAUUGCUCAAGGUGGAUCACGUUCAGUGGUAAUGAUGGAAUGGGAUAAAAUUUGGUCCUUUAACAAGAAAGUUAUUGACCCCGUAGCCCCAAGAUACACAGCUCUUGACUCCGCCUCCCUCGUCCCGGUUUUCAUCUCAACUCCAGUUACCGUCGAAGAAGUACAGGUUCCUCUCCAUCCAAAGAAUCAGAGUGUCGGCUCAAAAUCCAUAUGGCGAAGCGCAAAGCUACUAGUAGAGCAAGCGGACGCUUGUGAAAUGAAAAGUGGCGAUACGGUCACUUUUGUCAAUUGGGGAAACAUCAAAAUUUCCUCCGUAGAAAAGAGUGAUGGAAAAGUGACGCAGAUAUAUGCAGUUUUGGAUCUAGCAAAUCAGGACUUCAAGAAAACGAUGAAGGUAACGUGGAUAGCGGAGGCCGAGGCUCCGAGCGCAGCGCUCAUUCCAGUGGUUACUGUAGAUUACGAUCACAUCAUUAGUAAAGCUAUCAUUGCUAAGGAGGAUGAUUGGAAGAACUACAUCAAUUAUGACUCCGUGCAUUACACAAAAAUGGUUGGUGAGCCAGCACUCCUCAGUGUGAAGAAAGGUGACAUCAUUCAAUUGCAACGCAAGGGAUUCUAUAUUUGUGAUCACGUCUACCAGCAGAAGAGCGAUUUUAGUGCUUCCGAGACACCUUUACUACUCAUUUAUAUUCCUGAUGGACAUAUUAAGGAGACGGCCAAUAAGGCUAAGCAGAACGCAACAGAAAAGCCUGCAGUGGCUUCCUCAUCUUCCGGUGACGUUUUUGCCCUAUACAAAGCUCUUGAAGAUCAAGGAAAUGCAGUGCGAGCGCUGAAGGCGGAAGAUCCGAAGUCCGAUGCUACAAAGCAAGCUGUGCAGAAGUUGUUGGAAUUAAAGAAGCAGUACAAAGACGCCACAGGUCAAGAAUACAAAGCAGGACAGCCGCCUUCAUCGUCUGCUCCGGCUUCAGUUGCAAGCGGCGACGUGUCUGUUGAAGCGCUUGUCAAAGAAAUACAAACGCAAGGCGAAAUUGUGCGAAGUGAGAAGGCCAAGGAUCCUAAAUCAGCAUCAACCAAAGGUGCUAUAGCUAAAUUACUGGAUCUAAAGAAACAAUACAAGGAGAAAACUGGCAAAGAUUACGUCCCGGAAACAACUUCUGCUCCUUUUGCUCCUAAAGCUUCGUCUGAUGUGCAAGCAUUAUGCUCUGAAAUCGAAGCACAAGGGGAGUUGACGAGGCAAGAGAAAGCCAAGGAUGCAAAAUCGGCUGCAGCAAAAGCAGCAAUAAUGAAGUUACUUGAGCUCAAACAAAGGUAUAAGGAACUAACAGGGACAGAUUAUAAGCCUGGGCAGACGCCUCCUGCGAAAUCUCAGCCAUCUGCUUCAACACCGUCAAAUGCCUCUGCACUCUAUGCGGAAAUUGAGGCACAAGGAGAUCUUGUUCGAAGUGAGAAAGCGAAGGAUGCAAAAUCGGAAGCGUCCAAAACCGCUAUUGCUAAAUUGCUGGAGUUAAAGAAACAGUAUAAAGAGGUUACUGGUAUCGAAUAUAAACCAGGGCAGAAACCUGAGGGAAGUACGCCAAAUGUCGCUACCUCUCCCGAUGAUGAUGCUGCUACCCUUUAUAAUCAAAUUCAAGCUCAAGGAGAGCUUGUACGUAGCGAAAAGGCAAAGGAUGCAAAAUCGGAAGCUUCAAAAACCGCUAUAGCUAAACUGCUCGAGUUAAAGAAGUUAUACAAGGAGAAAACCGGCCAAGACUACAAGCCCAAGUGACGUGUGUGACCAAUCGUUUUUGUUAUUGUUGAUGUUUUACAAUGAGGAAGUUGUUAUCCGCCUACGUCUAUGCUGUUUUGACCAAUCUUGGCAGAUAUUGAUAUAAUGAAUUUCUAAUAUAUUUUGUUGUUGC